AUGACCUGCACCAGCUGCAAUGAUGUCCUGGGAGCCUUGCUCCUUCCGCAGAAGGUCUCUGCCGAAGAUGCGAAAGAAGACGAUAUCGGCCUUCUGCGACAGAGGAUCAUCUUGCACCUGCUGCGGCAGAUGUAUCCGGUGCCCGAGCUAUCGACGACCCUCUUCCAGCUGCUUCAGCGUGGCAUUCUCACCAAGGAUGUGAUUUCUGACGUGCUUGACGUCAAGCCGCGUCUCAUGCAGCUGCAGGAUCGUCCUUCAGAUGCGCUGGACACAAAUGCGCCUGCGCCGGCGCCUGGUUCGCAGCCAGGAGGCCUCGUGCCAACACGCUUCUUGCAGGACUUUCAGUGCAAGGAGCGUCUGGGUGUGGGCUCCUACGGCGAGGUCUGGCACUGCCAGCAUCGCCUCGACGGCCAGGAGUACGCCGUGAAGAAGGUCGUCUACCGCGCCGACGGCCCACGGGGUCCGGGAGUCCAGGAACGAGUGCUGCGUGAGGCUCAGACCUGGGCCCUUGUCAACCACCCGAACAUCGUCCGCUACCACUCGUGUUGGGUGGAGGCCGAUUGGGAGACCUGGGGCACGACGAACGCGAGGACAGAGAAGCGCCAGCCCUUGCCCCUGGAGGAUCAGGAGAGCUCGAUGGAGUCGGACAUGUCUGAUCUGACAGAGGUCUCCGACGGUGGUGUGGUCUUCCUCGAUGCAGCGCAGGAGAAUACCCAGCCCACAGGCCAGCACGAGACAUCCUCGCUGGAGGAGGUUCAAGCCGACGCCGGCAUUCUUGCCAAGCGGCCGCGCGAGACGGCGGGCUCCUCCGCGGUCUACAAGGCGAUAUUGCACAUCCAGACAGAGCUCUGCCGCAAGGAGACGUUGCAGAACUGGAUCUCCCAACGCAACGCCGCCGUGGCGGCUGGCAAGGCCUCGAAGGAGGACCUCAAGACCUGGGCCUCGCAAGCUGCGGGGAUCUUCCGCCAGGUGGCGAGUGCCCUCUCGGCGCUUCAUGCGCGAGGCCUGGCGCACCGGGACGUGAAGCCCACGAACAUCCUGCCGGGAGCCUAG